AUGUUGGAUGAGAUAGAUUUGUCGAAAAAGAGCAACUAUACAGCAAGAUCGCAAGGAUUAAACUAUACUUCUCCUUGAGAAGCAAUUAAAUCAGCAAUUAUCAAUUUUCUCGAAACCUUUUUCCAGCCAAAAUUUGAUUUGAAAACAAAAAUUUUUACACAAUUUGUUAUAGAAAUUUGCACAAAUUCAAUAAAUUGCCUUCAAAUAAUUUCCUUAUUGUGAUACUAUGAUAUGAAUAUUUCUGGCUGAAAUAAUUAUUUGGAUUUUUGGCGAUUUAUAGGAUUUUUUAGCUUUGAUUCAAUAAUAGCCGAAUUAAAGGUUAUGAAAAUCGCUUUUUAUGUCAUUUCAGCAACUCUAGGUUUCUGCAUUUUUUUGCUAUUAGCUAUAGGCGCUCUAAAAACAAGAGGCUGGAAAAUUACAAAUUUUAUUGUUUUUUUACCCAGUGAAAUUAUUGGAUUUAUGACUUCUAUAGGGUUCGUUCCAUUUAUGAUGGUAUUUUUAAUAGUUACUAAAUACUCUAUUAAAAAUGAUAGAACUGUUAUUGAGUAUAAGCCGCUUAUAGCUGAUGAUUUAGAUUUAGGGUUAUCAGGGGCAAUACUAGGUAUCUUUUCUGCUGUUUUUCUAUUUUUAUUCACUCUGAUUUAUGAGCUAUUUACAGCUGAUAUCCGGCACUCAUUCGCUGAUAAAAACAUUAAAGCUCGAUCUGACUCAAAUUUAGACGUCGCAAUUACUUGUUUUAAAACCCUUAUAGUAAUUUUAUAUAUUUUUGCAGGCCACUUAAACGUCUACUGAUACCUCACAUUUUUUACAAUUUCUACAGUCACAUUGUCUUAUUUAACUUUCAAAUUUAACUCUUAUUAUAAUCCUAUAGUAAACUCAAUAAAAGUUUCCAAGCUUUUUAUCAUGUCUGUGGUCGCUUUAAGCUUCUUAUUUGGGCUUGCAAGUGAUAAUGCCCUUGUUACCUUAGUUUUGUGUGUAUGUGCAAUUCCUCUAAUUUUUGGGAUUUUUUUGAUGAAAAUAUGAAAAAUUACUGUAAACGAAGAAAAUUUUUCAGGAUUUGCCAAUGAUCAGCACGAGUUUGAGCUGAAAUUGAGGAGAUUUUUGAUGGACAAGUCGCAGCUGAGUGCAAAAAUAGCUAUUGAUGCAUUUAUAAAUGUCAAAAAAUACCCGAGAUUUAGGGUAAACAAGCUAUUUAUUGCAUGAAAGGUGAAUUAUUGUGCGUUUACUAUAAAAGAUUACUGUUUAUCUAGGAUAAAUUUAGCUGAAAUGGGGAAUGUGUCAGGCAGCAUUGAAGGAGAAAUUCAAGAAUGAAGGAUUAAAAAAUAUCUUGACGACAACAAAGACAAAACCCCAGUUUUAAGGUUCUUACUAUACUUAAUUGACCUUGAAGUAUCCCGACAUCAUGAUGAACAUUUAUGCUCUUUACUUAUUGAUCUCUGAGGAGAAGUUACUUCAAGUAAACCAAGACUUCAAAGGCUAGAGCUUUUAAUGAGAGAUUCAUCAGAUUUGAUUUUUAAGGUAAAAAAUCUUUAUAACUCUAUGAUUGAUAUAAAAAGUGAAAGAGUUUUUGAGCUCUAUGGAAGCUUAUUACAAACAAUUUUAAGGGAAUAUGAAAAAGGUACAGCUAUUUUGAGCAAAAUAAGGAAAAAUAAACAAUUGGAAAUUUUUAUGAAAAAUGAAAGAAAGCUUAGUCAGUUUGAAGAGCAAAAUGGAAAUAUCUUGAUUUCUGCAAAUAAAGAUAUGGCAAUUAUAAGUAAGCUCUAGCGUUUUUUGGGGUUAUUAGAAAUAAUUUGUGGUAAAAUAUUAUUUGUUAUUGUGAUAAAUUUAAUAAAAAAGGAAUAAUUUUGGCUCAAUAGUAUUUAUCAAUGAUAUUGGCUCACAAAUUUUAAAAGGCAGAAUUUUCGAAAUUAUGGGAAAUAAAAUAUCAUGCUAUAUUCCUCGGGUGCAGGCCAAAUGCCUUUGCUUUUUUGAUAACGUCCAUUUCACCGAAAAAUUUUUGAUCGAAAAUUUUUGAUAGUGAGAUUUUUGACCGAAAAAAAACCGUUUAAUUUUCCGCCAAAUGUCCCACUAUCAAAAAUUUUCGACCAAAUGGAUUUCGAUGAAAUGUACACUGUCAAAAAAUCCACGGUCAUUUGACAUGAAGCCAUAUUCCUCAGCCUUACUCCAAAAAACAUGUGGAGUAUGAAAAAAAAUUUAUUGAAAACUGCACAAACCCACAAGUAGAAAAACCAAAUUCUUUAUUUCUUUUAGACCAACAAGGUUUCUUAUUAGAAUGCCAAAUUCUAUUGAGAUUAACUGCUAUGAAUAAUUAUCUUUAUUUUAUGAUGUCAUUUAUGACUGUUAAAACUUCAAGAGAAAUUGCUUUGACUUCUGAAGAUGGGCUCAUUUUUAGUUAUAGUGAAGGUUUUGCUAAAUUAAUUGCAGAGCCUACAAAAUCUAUAAGAAACCAAUAUUUAUCAGAUUUUUUGCCUGAAAUUGUUCUCCCACAAGUCCCGCUAUUUGAGCCUAUUCUUUUGUCUAUAAAAGAAAAUAAUGUAGCAUUUGUCCAUGGGGUGAGGCGAUUUAAAUCAACUGAUAUGCACUUUGUACUCCUCAUAACAAACCCUAAAGAAAUUGAUAACUGGCUAGAAAUUAAUGAUAUUUUGCAGCUGGAAUAUUUUGAAAAAGGUGACUCUUUUACUGAAUUGGAGCAUUUUGAGUCAGUUCAUUCAGAAAAGUCUUUUAGUGAGAAAGAAAAAGUGAGGUUUAAUUUUAAAAAUUUAACCAGGGUCGGAUCUCAUGAUUUAAGUACUAACUCAUCCUCUCUGUGAGCGAACAAAAUUUUUUUGUUCGCUCACGGAGGUUUUUUUUUUUAAAAUUAAAAAUACUUCGAUAAAAUUGGAAAGCAAAUAUAUUUAAUUUAUAAAAUUUAUGUUUUAAAAUGCAAUUAAACAUAAUUAAAAGAGAUUUCAUUAGACUAAUUAUCAAUUAUAAAUCAAAAUUAUAUUUUCAUAAACAUUUUUUAUAUUAAAAAAAAAAUUGUUGGGUUUUUUGUCAAAAAAUAGGGAUUUUUUAUGAUUUUGUUCGCCCACACGGAGGGGGAGUGAGAUAUCGAUUGUGAAGUUUAGGUCAUCUGAGAAUCAUAAAGAACGAUGGACAAGUGAAGAAAAAUCAAUAACUAUUUCAUCGUCUCAUUAUACAUAGUAUUAAAAAAAUAAUAAUUUUUAUUAUAAUCUCCUUCAUAAAGAAUAAACAAAAGGCCAUAGUAAUUUUCCUUGUAUCCUCAAUACCUUAAAAAUUAUAUAUUUUUUUUACUUUUUAAAACUUUUAAAAAUUCUUAUACACAUGAUAGCUCAUCGACAGAGAAAAAAGGUAAAAAAUAUGCAGCGCAUGGAAAAACUUGGUGCAGGUACAAUGAUCGUGCAUUUUUGAUAGUGUGCAUUUUACCGAAGUACUUUUGGUCGAAAAUUGGUUGAAACUUUUUGAUAGUGAGAUAUUUGACACACAAAAAAUUAAAUUUCGACCAAAUGUCACACUAUUUAAAAAUUUUCAAUGAAAUUUAUGGAGCCGGAAAAACUAUAGUCAAAAAAUCGGAAAUGAUUUUAAAAAAGUUUAAGCUGAUUUUAUUUGUUUCUGUAAAAUGCUAUAUAGGUUUUAGUUGUUAUUACUACAAAUGUGGCUAUUGCAAUUUAUAUAUCCAACGCUGUUAACCAUUCAAGAUCGAUAGAUACUUUUAGUGAUCUUGGAAAUAUACUUUUUAAUUUAGUCCAUAUAGCAGAAAAUGCAUGAAAAAUAGAUUUUUGCAUUGAUUCGCCAGAGCAGCAGCAAUAUAUUGAAUUAGUUCUUGCAUACUUUUCAUAGUAAUUGUGCACAUUAUCAUUAUUUUUUGUAAAAAUUAUAUAUUUUUAAAAAAAAAUAAUACCAAUAAAAGCGUCAUUGUCAGAGCUUGAUGCUUCUCAUAAUGGAAUUUUAUCAAAUCUACCAGCAUGAAGUUAUUGUGACAGCUCCAGUAUUGUGGUGGAAAAUCUUAUACUGAUUUAGAAUAACUGAAAUUUCUUCUUAUUCCUCCCCCCUUCCUUGAACAAACAAAGCCAUUAGGAAAAUUCCAUUUUUUGUGGCAAUCCCCCCUUCCGAACAAAAAUUUUUUAUAAAUAAAAUAUUUUCUAUAUAUAAAUAAUAAUUAUUAUAAUAAACCUCUAGCUAAUUCUUUUGAAUUUUAAACAGCUUGCAUUUUAAAAUAUAAAUUUUAUAAUUAAAUUAAAAUUUUGCUUUCCAGUUUUUGCAUACAUUAAAAUGGUAUGACGAACCAACCCACCCUCUUUACUCCUGUAGCUGGCAUCCACAGGGUGCGUAGAGACCUUAAGGAAGGGAGGAUGGCGUUCGGAAAUGUGUAUCCGCCAGGUUUUUCUUGGUUUGGUGAAGCGCAAUGUCGGGCUGGCUGAUCACAUAAUUUCCAACUUGUUUUAGAUCGGAAUGGAGCCAAAAUUUGGAAAGGGAUCUCCCAGCAAUACCAGUGGUUUAUAUCCUAGCGUGAAAACAGGACUAAUGCCCACGUCUUCGGAUUUCCAUUUUAAACGAGAGUCGACCAAGAAAAUUCGGUAUUUUAAAUUUUCCAUGGUGGCAACAUUUGUUAAUGCAUGGCACGGAGACACAACUCAUCAAACUAUUUGAGAGAAUGUGCAGGCCCUUGUCCGAAGGAGCAUCCUUUGUAAGACAGUGUACAAACUGGCGAGCAGGCGAAGGAGUGUUAUAGGGGGAAGAGUGACUUCUCUAUAAGUCUAAUAAACGUAAAAGCUUUAGAAUUUUUGCGAAUUGAGAUUAAAAAAAUUCAUAUAUUUAAAUUUUUUAAAAACAAAUUGGCACCCCUUCGUGAACGAACAAAUCUUUUUGUUUGUUCACAGAAGGGGAAUUAGCCCUUAUAUUUAUCAUAAAAAAAGUACUAAAAAAUUCACUAUAAGUAAGCAUAUUUCUAUAUGAAAUUUUGAUAAUUCCCCAAAAAUAGUAAAAACAAACUUAUAUGACGCUCUUCAAGAUAUUAUUUCAAAUGUAAAAAAUAAAUAGACAAAAACGAUAAUCGCCAAUGCUGAAAAACUUAUACAUUCCCCUAAAGAAAUAGAUUUCAUCAUUAUCAACGGGGUAGGGAAUCUCUAUCCUAUUCCAUUAAAUAAUUAUAUUUUCUAUUUAUUAUUUUGUAAAAAUAAUAAACUAUAUAAAAAUAUAUAUACAGCUACUAAUAAUACUUUAAAUGGCUUAGUUCGGUGUGAAAUCGAUAUGAUUUAUACCAUUAGUGAGAUGAUUUCUAUGCUAUUUAUUGCUAGUGCCAUUAUAUUAGGAGUUUGUUUUUCAGUACUUGCAAUGUUUAUUUUCAUAAUCAGUCGGAAAUAUAAUGCUUUAUGGCAGUUCAUUAAGCAUUUAACCCAUUUGUCGUAUCAUGACCUUAGAAGUGCUUGUUUGGAUAGAUUGUCAGUUGUUCAUGGGAUUGAUUAUAAUACCGAAGAUCAAGAUGCAUACAAUCGAAGCAAAAAUACACUUAUUUCAUUAAAAUUCAAUAUUAGCAAAAGGUAUUUAAUGAGGCUUGGAAUUUUUACUGUAUUUACCAUUAUUUAUUUUUUUACUGUCAAUUUUGGCUUAUAUCCAAAAUGUGAAGACUAUUUAAUUACUAGGCCGAAUUUAUUAAGAAAUUAUUUACACAGAAGAGCUUUGAUACCACUAAUAGAUUUUUGGACAUGUGAAGCAAUUUUAUCAAAUAUAAAUGUAUCGACUAUUGGGAAGACAGGAAAUAUGACUUUUUUUAAAAAUCCUCAUCAGGAGGCAAAAGUGGCGAUCAGUGCUUUUAAUAAUGCAAAUCGGCAAUUAAUAGACAAUAUGAGUUUUAUGUCUGAUGAACUAUUAGCAAAGCUUUUUGAGACUGGGAAUAUCGCAAUAAGUAAAAAUUUGCAAUAUGGCUCAUAUUGGUAUACCAAUAUCCUACUUCAGGAUUCAGAAAUAUAUAUAGAUGACUAUGAUAUAAGAGCGUUUUAUAAGUUAACAGCGUUUGGAAGUGGUAUUCAAAUUCUAGAACAAGCAAUGACAAGUAAUUUCGAAUUAAUCGAUGGUAGCUCACAAGAUUUAAUUAUAGGACAACUGAAUUAUAUUAUAUAUGCAAUUGUUGCAUAUUCAUUGAUUUCUGUAUUUUUAUUUUUUUUAUAUUAUUUGCCAUAUAUCAAUUCAGAGGUCAAAAAUUUGUUGAAAAUCCAGGAUAUUAUGUAUUUAAUACCUGGAAGUGUGAAAAAUUCAAAAGCUUAA